AGGGUAUGGCGCACACUUUGCUGCUCAAUGCCAUGGCCAUGAAGCUUCAACGGAGCCAUUACGAGGAGAGCUGGAAGGUGUUUCAACAGAUCGACGUUGAUAACGAUGGAAGCUUGUCCCUGGAGGAGUUUCAACAAGCUUUCGAGCUUUUGGCAACCAGCCCAACGUCAGGUUACCUAUGCAAAAGCCCGGAUGGUAAGGACGAUUCCAAAGGCGCCUGGCUGAGUCACAUGUUCCACAUGGCCGACAUCGACCGAAACGGUUUGCUGAACUUCCCCGAGUUUGUUGCUGUCACAUUUGACUGGUCAACACUCGAGAAGCCAGUUUUGGAUGGCAUCUUGAGACGGCUGUUUAAUCAGCUGGACAAAGAUGGGAACGGCGAGGUCAGUGUAGAGGAACUCGCGGAGAUCUUCAAAGGCGCGCUGAGCUGGUCCGAGCUGGAGCAGGUCUGUGCAAGGAUCGAUGCGGACUGCGACGGCCACGUGACCGUGGAAGAGCUGGAGACGUUUCUGUUUCAAAGCAUCUCUGAUGAGGACCUAACGCGGCUCUCUGCCACUGCCUCGUUGGGGAAUUGGGUCCAGCCCAGAACCAAAAAGCCGCGAAGGUCGGUGCUGGACCAGAUCCGCAAUGAGACGCUUGGCUUCGCAGUCCCUGAUUGCUUCGCUGCGAGUCAGGCGUGCAUGAGCGGAAUCUGGAAGUCUCGCUGAGUCACCAGAAGUUGGUCGUAGUGCUCAAGUCACCCAUGUUCUGGUUUGCG